AUGUCUGAACGUGGCCGCUCACCAGCGCCAUCUGGCACCGGCUCUCGCCCAGGAUCUCCUGCUCCUUCGGCUGGAAACUCUCCAGCUGGCUACCCGCCUGCUCUGGGCAGCGACCCUGGACGGCUCCAAGCGGACAAGAAGACAAACACCCGGAUCGAGCUUGGCCCUGAGGCCUAUGUCUCUGGAAACGCGGAUAAGUUCACAGAGCGUGGACAGAAAUAUAACACCGAAGGUGUUCAAGACAUGGUCGGUUCCAAUCAGUACCGCAUGAAGACCUUUGAUUUCUCAAAGAAGAUUUACCAAUACGAUGUGAUCAUUACUCCGGAAGAUCGAAAGACCCCGUUCAAGAAGAUCAUGGCGCACCGCAGCGUUCAACAAAUCCUCGCUCCAUACAAGCCGGAGCUUUGGCUGUUCGAUGGCAAAAAGCUUGCCUGGGCACCUGGCAAAGUCAACGGCGGUGAGAUCCGUGCCAAGGUUGACCUUGACGAAGACGAGCGUCCUGCCGGUGAAACUCCUCGCUCUGGCGCCGUCUUCAAUGUUGCUUUGCGUGUCACAACGGAGAUCAACCUGUCACUUUUGCAAGCCUAUCUGGAAAAGAAGACCUCAUUCAACUCCAAGGUCAUUGAGGCUCUCAGCUUCGUGGACCAUCUCUUGCGUCAAGGCCCAUCAGAGAAGUUGCUGUCCAUCAAGAAGAACUUCUACAACACUGCAAGGAAGUCCCGCCCUCUUGUGGAUGGCAAGCUUCUCGAAGUCCACAAGGGUCUUUAUGCCUCCAUUCGUCUGAGCCACAACCUUGGCCAGGGCGGCGUGGGCUUGGCUCUGAACUGUGAUGUUGCCAACACAGCUUUCUGGGUUUCUGGCGAGUCCCUCGAGCAGAUCAGCUGCUACUUUCUGGCGGCCAACGAUCCGAAGAAGUACAUGGGUCUCAAUCCAGCCACAACACUGGCCCAAGCCCUCAAGCCAAUAAAGACGAAGGAAGGAAUUGGGAUGACAGAUGCCAUGAAGCAGCUGCGCAAGCUUCGGAAGUUGAAGUUCAAAGUUCGCUGCCGCAACCGCCCGGCUAGCAUGGACAACAAAGUUUAUACCAUCAUGGACAUCAGCUUUGACAAGUCGGGAAAGCUAGGUCCCGAUGGCGCGACAGCCAAAACAGUCACGUUCGAUUACCAGGGAAAGAGAACCAGCAUCGCCGAGUACUACAGACUCAGGUAUGGGUACACAAUGAAGUACUCCAACUUGCCACUCGUGGAGACUGCCAAAGACGCGAAAUUUCCCAUGGAGCUUUGCUAUAUUGAGCCCAUGCAGCGGUACAACUUCAAGCUCAGCCCGAAGCAGACCGAGUCAAUGAUCAAGAUUGCGGUUACCAAGCCACCGCAGCGCAAGGCUGAUAUUGAAGUUGGCGUCAAGGAGCUUGACCUGCCCAAUGACCGCCUCAUGAAGUACUACGGUGCUACAUUCGAGCAGCAAUUUUCUCAGGUUCAGGCCCGUAUCCUCGCCCCGCCUUCAGUGGACUUCAAGGUCGGCAAGCAGGAGCCUCGAUUCGGUGGUCGAUGGCGUCUUGACCAGGGCAACAUCAAGUUCUGGAAGGCCAACACCGUACCUCUCAAGAACUGGGGCUUCAUCGCCCUCAACAACUGUGUGCCCAAGCAGGCUCUCGAUGCUUUUGGGCGAAAGUUCAAGCAGAUCUUGGAGAAGCACGGCGUGGGCGUACCUGCGCCGCCCAUGAUUCUGGAGAUUCCUGGCAACGCGCGUGACACGGCCAAGUCGAUUGAAUGGGCUCACGGCGAAAUCACCAAGGCUCGCGGCUACACGCAGCUAUUGUGUAUCAUUGUUGGUUUCAAGAAUGACCCUUCGUACGAGCGCAUCAAGAAGAACGCUGAUUGCCGUUUCGGCUUCUUGUCGCAGUGCAUGGUCGCUGACCAUCUCAAAAAGGAGGGUGGCGUCGACCAAUAUGUGUCCAACGUUGCCAUGAAGAUCAACGCCAAGCUUGGCGGUGCGACGGCUCGCACAGCUUCACCUUUUGGCAAGGGACCUACCUACUUCCCCCCUAACCGCAAAACUAUGAUCAUUGGUGCCGACAUUAGCCAUCCUGCGCCCGGGGGAGAUACUGCCUCGAUCGCAGCCUUCACUAUGAACAUGGACGCGGACGCAAACCGAUACGGUGCUGCUGUUGAGUCCAAUGGCUACCGCACGGAGAUGAUCAAGGCCCCGAACAUUGACAAGUUCAUGGCCACGCUGGGUGGUGCCUGGCGUCAGUCUCAUGGCAACGGCGUCCCGGAUCAUAUCAUGUACUUCCGCGAUGGCGUUGCCGAGAACCAAUUUGCGGCUGUUCUUGAUCAGGAGGUCGCAGCGAUCCGCAACUUCUUUGCUUCACGUAACGUGAAGCCUCUGCCUAAGUUCACAGUCAUUGUGGCCACCAAGCGCCACCAUAUUCGCUUCUUCCCUGGACCUGACCAGCGUAACAAGGGCGGUGAUCAGAACGGCAACUCGAAGCCGGGCCUUCUGGUUGAACGCGAGGUCACUCAUCCAUCUCUGUGGGAUUUCUACCUAAACUCACACAAGGCGAUUCAGGGCACUGCUCGUCCUGUCCACUACUAUGUGAUCAAGGAUGAAAUGAACUGUCCGCCUAACGACCUCCAGCGUAUGAUCUACCAUCAGUGUUACUCGUACGCUCGAUCCACGACCCCGGUCUCCAUCCACCCCGCGGUCUACUAUGCCCAUCUCGCGGCGGAUCGGGCUCGCGCCCAUGAGAACGUUGCCACAAGCCAGGGAUUCCGGGCGUAUGGCAAGGGCCAUGAGGUCACGCGCGACCGUAUUGCCAAGGGACAGACCAUUGGUGCCACAGGAGACUCGCUGAAGAAUGCCGAAGCGCCUCCUCUUCUGUCCCUUGGAGGCCAGGUGCCCGAGGGUGCCACGCCGGAUGAGAAGGGCAUCCGCACUUUCAUGAAGACCACCAUGUGGUAUAUCUGA